AUGGAUAAUCAAAACAUCAUAGCACAAUUGAGAUUGGAAAAUAAGAGAUUGCGAAAAAACAUGACUGGAAUCAUAAUUCAAAUCAAUCAAUUGAAAGAGGGCCAAAAAUGGUGAGUAGUUCUUUUUUUUUUCAAUUUUUCUGUGAAUUUUGAGCCAAAAAUCAUGAAAAAUGCUCAAUUUUGACCCGGAGACCAUAAAAAUCAGAUUUUUAAAGGAUUUUUUAAUUUUAACAUGAGCAAUGCUUGAAAAUUCCAAAAUUUUCAGAUUUCCAAGCUCCAGGGCUCAAAAUUGCUCAAUUUUCACAAAUUUACACACAAAAUUUCGGAUUUUUCAAGUUUAACAUGAGCAAUGCUUGAAAAUUCCAAAAUUUUCAGAUUUUCAAACUCCAGGGCUCAAUUUUCACAUAUUUACCCACAAAAUUUCGGAUUUUUCAAGUUUAACAUGAGCAAUGUUUGAAAAUUCCAAAAUUUUCAGAUUUUCAAGCUCCAGGGCUCAAUUUUCACAUAUUUACCCACAAAAUUUCGGAUUUUUCAAGUUUAACAUGAGCAAUGCUUGAAAAUUCCAAAAUUUUCAGAUUUUCAAGCUCCAGGGCUCAAUUUUCACAUAUUUACCCACAAAAUUUCGGAUUUUUCAAAUUUAACAUGAGCAAUGUUUGAAAAUUCCAAAAUUUUCAGAUUUCCAAGCUCCAGGGCUCAAAAUUGCUCAAUUUUCACAUAUUUACCCUCAAAAUUUCGGAUUUUUCAAGUUUUGCUGAAAAAAAAAAUUAAAUUUUUUCAGGCUUCAAGAAAAAGUACGUCUUUUAAACAUUAUGAAAGACGAAUUGAAGAAGGUAGGUCAAAAAUAUUAGAAAAAAAUUGAAAAAUUUUCGAGAAAUUUUCAGAAAAUGUUGGAGAUUCAGUUGGCAAUGGAAGAAAUGAAAGAAAAUUUUUGA